AUGUCUGAGGAACAUGAUAAUGAUGAUGAUGUUGUGUCUGGUGUGCCAUCGGCUGCGUUGUUUGCAAAAGACAGCCUCACCACGAAUUACCUGACGUUCUCUUCGUCGCGGCGGUCAACUGUAGUCGCAACAAGUGGUGGUAAAACACCAGCCGCCAGCACUACAGCGCUCGCCACAUCAGCAGGAUCUGUUUCUGCUUCAUCGAGUGUUUCGUCGUCCUCGUCAGCGCUUGGAUUGCUGAGUUCGAGUUUCGUCGCCACAUUCUCAAAUCCCUUCAGUAGCAGUAGUAGUAGUAAUAACAGUAAUAACAAUAGUAAUAGUAACAACACUGCCGCCUACGCGAACAUAGAAGACCCGGCAUUAAUAAGAGGAGCAGCAAACUCUGCUUUGCCGCCAACAUCGUACUACACAAAACCGCAACAACAGCAGCAACAACAACAACAACAACAAACACACGCCAAACAGUAG